GAUGCGGCGGGGGGAGGGCUUGAAGGAGGCACUGUGGAGGCUUCCAGAAUGUUCUGAUGAACAGCGGGCGCUGGGGAGGGCCACGGAGAUACAAAGGGGCAGGAGGAGGAUCCAGAGACCUCGAAGUUGUGGACUCCGGGAGUGUCCAGUUCCUUUCCUAGCUCUGUCAAGAAUUCCCUGGGCGGUGGGCACCCUCCAAGUAAAAAACAGGAACCAUAGAGAAGGAGAAAAAAAGAACCACAAACGUUUUGAGAAACAAACAGGCUGGGCCUGGGGCCUGGGGUGUGCCCUGCAACUGGGGGGUGGGGCUGGAUUUUCUUGGACUCAGGGAGCAGCAGCCUCCCCUCCCACAGGAUGUGAGAGAGGAACUGGGGUCUCCAGUCACGGGAGGGGAGCCGGAGCCAGCCAGGGCCGCAGGCAGGAAGGGAGCGAGGCUGAAGGGAACGUCGUCCUCUCAACAUGGGGGUCCCGCGGCCGCAGCCCUGGGCGCUGGGGCUCCUGCUCUUCCUCCUGCCCGAGAGCCUGGGCGCAGAAAGCCACCUCUCCCUCCUGUACCACCUCACCGCAGUGUCCUCGCCUGCCCCGGGGACUCCCGCCUUCUGGGUGUCGGGCUGGCUGGGCCCGCAGCAAUACCUGAGCUACAGCAGCCUUCGGGGCCAGGCGGAGCCCUGUGGAGCGUGGGUCUGGGAAAACCAGGUGUCCUGGUAUUGGGAGAAAGAAACCACAGAUCUGAGGAUGAAGGAGAAGCUCUUUCUGGAAGCUUUCAAAGCUUUGGAUGGCAAAGGUCCCUACACUCUGCAGGGGCUGCUGGGCUGUGAACUGGGUCCUGACAACGCCUCGGUGCCCACCGCCAAGUUCGCCCUGAACGGCGAGGAGUUCAUGAGUUUCGACCUCAAGCAGGGCACCUGGGGUGGGGACUGGCCUGAGGCCCUGGCCAUCAGUCAGCGGUGGCAGCAGCAGGACAAGGCGGCCAGCAAGGAGCUUACCUUCCUGCUACACUCCUGCCCGUACCGGCUGCGGGAGCACCUGGAGAGGGGCCGCGGAAACCUCGAGUGGAAGGAGCCGCCCUCCAUGCGCCUGAAGGCCCGACCCGGCAGCCCUGGCUUUUCCGUGCUCACCUGCAGUGCCUUCUCCUUCUACCCACCGGAGCUGCAACUUCGGUUCCAGCGGAAUGGGCUGGCCGCUGGCACCGGCGAGGGCGACUUCGGCCCCAACGGUGACGGCUCCUUCCACGCCUGGUCGUCACUGACAGUCAAAAGUGGCGAUGAGCACCACUACUGCUGCAUCGUGCAGCACGCGGGCCUCGCGCAGCCCCUCAGGGUGGAGCUGGGUGAGGCUCCGCCCCACCGGUCCUUCUUGAGUCUGACCUUCCUCCCUGCUGCUGCUGCUGCCUCCUUGAAUCUGACCGGCUUGUGCCUCGCGCCUGCCAGUGCGACAAAGCCUGAUGGCUUGUCCUUCCCAAGGCCGAUUUCCUUCUAUCCUGCCGCUUCCGGCCUCACUGAGUCUGAGGAGCUGUUAACCACCAUGGCCAGUUCCCCCUGAGUCUGACCAUCUUCCGUCCUGCUGCUGCUGCUGCGGGUCUUCGUGGAAUCUGACCAUUCGUUGUCUGCUAUGCCCGUCCUCACAAGACUGACCGCCUGCUGCCUUGCUACUGCCGGUGCCCAUGAGGCUGACCUCCCGCUGCUCUACCUGCCCCUUGCGUCUGCACUGGUACAGCCCCGCCCUGCCGCUGCCGGUCCACCGCCGGUGUUCCCGCGGCCGCUCGCGCCGUGGCUGGUUCUUGCGUCCAGCCUGGGGGCACUCUGCCCAGAUCACCCGCCUGGCCUUUCCCUUGCGCAUCAGACACUUGGCGCUGGGAUCUCCGAGGCGGGGAGGGACUGGGAGCCCGCAGUUCCGUGUCCUGACUGGGUGGGGUGGAGGGGCUGCCCUUCACGUCACCGUGUUCUC